AAAAGUUAGUAUUCGGUAAGGUAAGCUAAUUAUUUCGGCAUCUUCCUUCGUUUCCCAUUAAACAAUUGUUUCUUACAAAUAUAUUAGCUAAUUAGCCACCACCCAUUUGUCUGCUCUCUUCAAAGUCUGGAUCUUUGAUAUCAUUUUCUGGGUAUUGGUGCUUUUUCUCAGAGGAUUUGGUUCUAGUUUCGAUCAGGGCAAUUGAGGCAGAAAUAUGGCUCCACCUAGUGGCCUUACAAGAAUAGGACUAGCUGGUCUGGCUGUUAUGGGCCAAAAUCUGGCACUAAAUAUUGCUGAGAAAGGCUUCCCCAUCUCUGUUUAUAACCGAACUACCUCCAAAGUUGAUGAGACUGUUGAACGUGCUAAACUAGAAGGUGAUCUGCCUGUGUAUGGCUUCCAUGAUCCUGAAGCAUUUGUUCAAUCUAUCCAGAAACCUAGAGUUAUAAUCAUGCUUGUAAAGGCAGGGGCACCCGUCGACCAAACUAUUAAGACCCUCUCUGCUUUCAUGGAGAAAGGUGAUUGUAUUAUUGAUGGUGGCAAUGAGUGGUAUGAGAACACUGAGAGGCGAGAAAAGGCGAUGACUGAAUUGGGUUUGCUCUACCUCGGAAUGGGAGUUUCAGGUGGUGAAGAAGGAGCACGACAUGGACCCUCAUUGAUGCCUGGAGGCUCCUUUGAGGCUUACAAGUAUAUUGAAGACAUUCUUCUUAAGGUUGCUGCUCAAGUUGAAGAUAGCGGUCCCUGUGUGACCUAUAUUGGCAAAGGUGGAUCUGGUAACUUUGUGAAGAUGAUCCAUAAUGGAAUUGAAUAUGGUGAUAUGCAGUUGAUUGCGGAGGCAUAUGAUGUCCUGAAAUCUGUUGGAAAGUUGUCCAAUGAAGAACUGCAAUGUGUUUUCUCAGAAUGGAACAAGGGGGAGCUUCUGAGCUUCUUGAUUGAAAUCACUGCAGAUAUAUUUGGAAUUAAGGAUGAUAAGGGGGAUGGUCAUUUGGUUGAUAAGGUUUUGGACAAAACUGGCAUGAAGGGUCCAAGUCCGGCCUCACCAAAGAUGCUGCUUUUAAGAAAAUCAAGGCUGAGAACAUACCCAUCAGCAAGGUGCUCAAGGUGUCUAAGCUCAAGACGAAUUUUCGUCCUUUUGACGCCAGGAGGAAGCUCUGUGAUUCGUAUGACAUGUUUUGCAGAUAAGAGGGUUAUACCUCUUCUGCCUAAGUUAUUGGGGAAGCAGUUUUUUAAGAAGAAGAAGAUUCCGGUGGCAUUGGAUUUGAAACACACGAAUUGGAAGGAGCAGAUUGAGAAUGCUUGCAGUUCAGGCAAUGCUUGCAGUUCAGGCUUACUGUAUUUCAGUACUGGGACUUGCAGUGUGGUGAAGAUGGGGAAGCUUUCCAUGGAAAGAAAGCACAUUUUGGCCAAUGUGAUGGCUGCUAUUAAUGAAAUUGCGGACAUUGUGCUGAGAAAGUGGAGAAACAUGAGGUAUAGUCACUUGAAGUUGCUUGAGAGUUUGGCGCUACCAGUCUAUCAGGCUGUACCAGGUUUGAGGUUGAAGAUUGAAGCUCCUAGGAAAAUGGGAAAGUAGUGGAUGAAGAGACUCCUAAGGAUGAUAAGAAUAAAGACCAUAAUGUAGCUAAUGAGAAGAAUAAGAAGAAGGGAAGGAUACAUGAGAUUAGGUAUAUGGAUAGCAAUAUUAGUGAGACCUUGAAUGAGGAUGAAAUUGGAAGUGAUUUCUACGGGGACAUCAGUGAAGGCGAGGAUAUAGAGAGAUAUUGAGAAUGCUGACUUUAAAUAAUCAAGUCCUCUCCUCUGGUAUUCUUCAGAAAUCCCAAUAAGCACUGAUGAUUUCUGCUCUGGACAUUAUACCUAACAGUUUUGGUGAAAGUUUAUCUCAGCUGUGUUCCAGUUACAUUUUUAAACCAUAUCUUAGUAUGUUAACUUUAGUUCUGUUUAUAUUGUGUCAAAACUUGAGCAUCAAUCAAGUUAGUGGUCCCUUUUCUAAUCUAAAUUCCAAAGCGAUAAUUUAGCCAGUGCGGGGCACUGUUCCUAGUUCAAUGUUCAAACAUAGAAGAUUCAUUAUUUUCUGUCUCUCAUAAUAUGCUACCUUGUUUUGGUUAAUGUGUUAUACAUACAUUCUGACCAGUCUGAAUGGGUUGGUCCAGAUGAUACCUUUGUCUGGCUGUAUGGUAUGCAAAGCCCAGCAAUGGCUCUGGAAAUGGAAGUAUGCAUUCUUCUGCUGAACACUGACUACUGGUCUGCAUUAGCAACUUGAUUACGUAGGGCUACAUACAAUCUUGUACACAAUUUACAUUCUUUGUCAUCCCUUAUGUUUCUCCCUAGAUCAAUCUCAAGAUUGUAUGUUACGAUCUUCGGAAAAAAGACAUUAGGAGGAGAAUGAAGAUACAUGUGUGAUUCUCUUCUUGAAAAGAACUUCUUUAAAGAAGGUGCAUUUGCUUUGCAUGUAGACUUGGUGAACUCCUACAAACCUUUCAUGCUUUAGACUGGUUACUUUUGGUACUUUUCCCGAAUGCUGAAUCUUCCUUUACUUUUGGAACCAUUUUCAUUGCUCCUUUUCUCUUGUUUCUUUGCCUCCUUGCGAGAAGAGCAUUUGUUUGCAUAAUCCCUUUUAUCUUGCUUAAGAUGAGACUGGUUGUCUCGAGCACUCUUAUGUUUAUGUUGUUGAUGGCUUGGACCCGAAGAAGCAUCAGAAGCCAUAGAAUCAUCACUGUUUUCCUUUUGAUCAUCAUUGUCACUGUAAUUUCUAUAAUGAUUGUUGUUAUCAUCAUCUUUUUCCUGACUGCUUUCUUCAUCUUCUCGCCUAGGAGAGGCAAGGUACAUUGUCCAACCAGACUCACUGCUGCUGCAACCUUCAGAGCCCGAGGAGUUUUUGAAGUUAUCCAUUAGUAGAGGCUAAUGGGAUGAUGAAGGAAUAAAGACGACUACAACGAAGAAUCAAGGACACUACUUUCCAGCUUGUCUGUAAUGUUGGCCAGUUGUGUUCUGUCCGAAGAGAUUAGCUGUGAUGGGUUUUUGAAUUGCAGAAUUAUCACCAAUUUUAUGAACUGCCAAUUAAUUGAGUUGUUAUUA